AUGGCCAGCAUUUGCUAUAGAUUUAUUCUUGUCUUCUUUUCCACCGCAUGUUUAGUUCUCACUGCUUUUGCAAUAACAGGAUCUUACGAAAACAAAUCGUACUUGACUCCAACCUACCUUAUAAAUUUCCAUCUAAACAAGUUAGAUUUACGACAAAUCAUCGACACAAACAUUGGCCAAAAUGGCAACAGCAACAACAAUAAGCUUAAAAAGAGAGCUGAUGAAACAUCAGCUACUCCAACUGCAACAACUUCCGGUUCGCUUCCUUCUAACGCUCAGGGAUGGAUUAAUAUAGCAAGCAGUGUCGUGGGAAACUUGCCAUCGGAUGUGGCUAGCGCUGCUUCCGCUUUGGGCACCAACUUGCCAUCAUCAGUACCUAGCGAUUUAAUCCCCUCUAGCAUUCCUUCCGGCGACGUUGACCAAACCAUUUCUGCGGCAAUUGCUGAUUUGUUGAGUAAUGUAUCGCCCCAAGAUUUAGGUAUUGCGGAUGUGUAUUCCGUAAGUUAUUGGGGAUACUGUCGUGGAGAAUUGAAAAAUAAUGGAUCAUCAGUGUUUGAUGGUGAUUUGGGGAGGUUUGUUAAUGAAAAUUUCGACAAUUCAGAUGUCGAAUAUACUUGGUGCUCACCUCCAAAAGCAGGUUAUUUUUUUAACCCUACAACCGUUAUUAGAGAAGAAUUGAAUAGAACCAUUGAAGGAGAACAAAUUGACUCACAAUCACUGUUGAUUAACCAAUUGUCUUCUCAAUAUGUCAAUGAUUUGAAAGUUUUGGUCAAUAAUAUAGCGGAUGAGUAUUUGAACUUGCCUGGUAAUUUGCAAAAUGAUUUGACCAUGUUGAACAAUAUAACAAAGGCAUCUUUUGCCAUGAUGAUCAUUGCUGCUGCAUUAUCAUUUCUUUGCAUUGUGUUUCAGAUCUUGGCCAUGUGUAUUUCUCCAAAUAACUGUUGUUUAUCUUUCCUUGACUUUGCACUACAAGUUGUUACUUUCCUUGCUUCCAUAUUAGCAGCUGGUCUUGCCACUGGUGCUUAUAUGUUUGUCAGAAGAAAAGUCAAUGACGAAAUGGACCAAUAUGGUAUCAAGUCAUUUUUGUCAAUAAAUUUUUACGCUUUUGCUUGGUCAGCAACUGUGGCUUCGUUAUUGGUUGUUAUUUUCAGUGCCGUUGGCCAUUGUUGUGGUUGUUUUAGUGGAGAAAGAAGAAGGUAUAGACAAGUUGCUGCUUAUGAACAUAAGCCAGAAUAUUGA